UUAAUAUUUCUUCCAAUGAUGCUCAGAUAUUGUAUAAAAAGAACGUCAACUUGGAGAAAUCUUAUAGUUUGUGUCUGAAAGGUUAUUCGAGUAACAUCCCACUACAAAAUAUGAAGAAAAUUAUCUUUGUUUUGCCCAUUAUCGCUCUCAUUAUCAGUGCAGUUAAUGCAUUCCCUCAACCAGGAGAUGAUAACAAUGCAGAAGCUGAAGUAACAACUGCAUUGAAUCAACAAGAUAUAAAUCCCGACGACAAAGUCACAAAUAACAUCGAUUCACCAAACUACUUGUUAAACUUUCUAAAAGAACUUUUAAUUGGUUCUAACAUUGAAGAUGAUGUAUCAUAUGAAUCAAUCAAAUCUCUAUUAAUGGAAGUUGAAGAAAAUGAACAACAGUAUCAAUCGCUGGACGAUCUUAUUAAGAGUUUAACAGUGGAUUCGAAUGAAGAAGGGAUUGAAAACGAUUUUACAACAGACAAUGGUGAACAACUCUCCAGGAAUUAACAUGAAGAAUAAACCGGAGAAGAAUAUUAUUAAACUAAUUUAAAAUGUAAUAAAAGGAAUUAUAACAAUAAUCUGUGAUGUUUCGAGAAGUCUCCAAUCAAGAGCAUGUAGGGGAUUGUCGUAAAAUUUGUCCCUAAAAGGAUCCCACUGAACAGAACUGGAUAACUGUGAAAUUUUUUUUUAGAACAAAAUAGAAUAGAAUCCUUAUUUAUUUAAUCACAAAAUUAGGGUUUAUCCCUGCUACAAUCUUGAUAAAAGAAAAAAAAAAUUAAAAAGGGAAAAACAAAAGAUGCAAAAAAGUAAAAAAGAAAAUGCU